CAAAGUCGACAAUAUAUUCCGCAACUGGAGCAGCGCUUACAAACAGGCAGACCUCCAUUCACAUAGAUGCACACGAUGUCCACGGGAACGUUUGUUGGGGUCCUGGCAAUAUGUGCUGUUGCUCAGUGUCAGCUAUUUGAUGCUCUGUACAAAUACGUCAUCGACAAAGCUGCUAACACCACCAUCCCUGUCAGUACAUUGGACAAGCCAGUCAAUGUAUCCAUAGGGAUGUCGCUUAUACAGCUGACAUCACUGGACUCCAAGUCCGGUUAUUCUGAGUUCGAGGUGUGGAUGUCCUACGAAUGGACAGACCCAAGACUGUCAUGGAACGGCACAACUUUAAACGAAACAAGCAUGAUCCGUAUUCCAGCAUCCAAGAUCUGGAACCCGGAUGUAACGCUAUACAACGGACACACAAGUUCUCGUGAAGUCCUGGCUGUUGUGGAAAGUACCGGAACUGUCAUGCAUGUGCCCCCCACCACUCUCAAGACACGUUGUGACGUCAGCAACUACACUACCGACGGCACUGUCACCUGCAGACUCAAAUUUGGAUCGUGGACAUACAGUGGCCUCCUUCUCAACCCCGUCACUGCUUCAUGGAACGAUGUAGACGUCUCCGACUACAACCCGGGUGGGACAGAGUGGGAUUUGACCGGGCACAAGGUGGAACGCAAUGUAAAGUACUAUGCAUGUUGCCUGGGGACGUACCCGGACGUCACCUUCUUCAUCACCUUCAUGAAGAGAGGAAAGAGCUACAGCGGGUGGAGUAUUUUUUACUAAUCUCAAAGUUCAAGUCGUCUGGAAGACUUCAGGGGAGGUCAAAUGAGGUUAAAGAUUAUUGCACUUAUGUGUUUUAUGCUGCUUGGAGCUAGUUUUAUAGUGUUAGCUCACUGAGAUAACAUGCCGCAGUUUAGCAGGGUUAAAGGGUAAUAUCAUAUUUACAACAUAUUCUUGUAUGAUGUGAUUUGGGAUCGUAACACCGACCUUCCACUCUCCGGGCAGACUUUCUAUUCACUAGAACACGCAUGCAGUCUGCCGGAAGAUGAGCAAUAUGUUCUUUUACUUUUUAUUUCGUUUGUCAGUAGUUUUGGUUUAUGACACAACCGUUGCCAUGGCAACAGAGGAUCUAGUUUUAAACUUGAUGUUGAUGUGAACUUGUGACACGCAUUUCCUUGCUAGGAGAUUGGAAAUACCAGCUAAAUUUCAACCCUAUCUUGUAGUGCAUAUACAUGUAUUGAUGUUAUAAGUAAACGGUGACUAUUAACAUGCUCAAUAUCAAUCUGUAGUUAAAAUAUAGAAUAAAAUAUUGAUCAUA